UGUAGCAUCUUAAUUUGCAAUGCGUGACAGAAUCACAAGCUUCAGGAAAUCAGCUGUGAAGAAGGAGAAGCCUCUCAUUCAGCAUCCCAUUGACUCCCAGCCUUCCAUCAGUGAGAUCCCACAUGCCCAGGCACUUGUUGAUGAGCGCUGCAUGAACUUAUCAGAGAAAGAAGUUAUGGAUCUCUUUGAAAAAAUGAUGGAGGACAUGAACCUGAACGAGGAACGUAAAGCUCCUCUCCGAGACAAGGACCUGAGCACCAAACGUGAGAUGGUUGUCCAGUACAUUUCUGCAACUGCCAAAUCCAUAGUCGGAAGUAAAGUUCCGGGGGGACUCAAAAACAGCAAGCACGAAUGUACCCUGUCCUCACAAGAAUACAUCCAUGAGCUGCGGUCUGGAAUUUCAGAUGAGAAACUUCUUAAUUGCCUGGAGUCUUUGAGAGUGUCUCUAACCAGCAACCCCGUCAGCUGGGUUAACAAUUUUGGACAUGAAGGUCUUGGGCUCCUGUUGGAUGCGUUGGAAAAGCUUCUGGACAAGAAACAGCAAGAAAGUAUUGAUAAGAAGAAUCAACAUAAACUUAUCCAGUGCCUCAAAGCAUUUAUGAACAAUAAAUACGGUUUGCAAAGGAUCCUAGGAGAUGAAAGGGGCCUCUUGCUGCUGUCAAGAGCAAUUGAUCCAAAGCAACCCCACAUGAUGACUGAGACAGUGAAAAUCCUUUCUGCUAUCUGCAUUGUUGGGGAGGAAAACAUGCUGGACAAGCUGUUGGGUGCUAUAACCACUGCUGCUGAGAGGCACAACAGGGAGGAACGCUUCUCCCAGAUCGUGGAGGGCCUGGAGAACCACGAGUUCAUCCAGCUGCAGAUUGCAUGUAUGCAGCUCAUCAAUGCUCUUGUUACAUCUCCUGAGGACCUUGACUUCAGGAUACACUUGAGAAAUGAGUUUUUACGUUGUGGCCUGAAGAAAAUAUUGCCUGCCUUGAAAGAUAAGGAAAAUGACGAGCUCGAUAUUCAGCUGAGGGUGUUUGAUGAGAACAAAGAUGAAGACCACUUUGAACUGUCACAUCGUCUCAAUGACAUCAAAGCUGAAAUGGAUGAUGUGAGCGAAGUAUUUCACCUGCUGUACAAUAUGGUGAAAGAUACUUCUUCUGAAAAUUACUUCUUGUCAAUUCUCCAACAUUUCCUGCUGAUCAGGAACGAUUACUAUGUCCGACCUCAGUAUUACAAGAUCAUAGAAGAGUGUGUGUCUCAGAUAGUGCUGCACUGCAGUGGCACGGACCCAGAUUUUAAAUACAGAGGAAGGAUGGACAUCAAUUUUACACAGCUUGUUGAUGCGUGUGUGGACAAGGCUAAAGUAGAAGAGAGUGAAAAGAAAGCAGCAGAAUUUUCCAGGAAGUUUGAUGAGGAGUUCACAGCUCGACAAGAGGCACAAGCAGAGCUGCAGAAACGAGAGGAGAAAAUCAAAGAACUUGAAUCAGAAGUCAAACAGCUCCGGACCCAGGGUCCAGGCCUGACAGAAGCCCCAGCAAUGCCUCCAGCCCACCCAAGUGAGAACGUCCCACCAUCCCCAGCGCCCUCACUCCCAGCUGGAGCCAUCCCUCCUCCUCCUCCCCUCCCUGGUGUAGGAAUCAUUCCUCCUCCUCCUCCAUUACCCGGUGGAGUAACAAUUCCUCCACCCCCUCCCCUGCCUGGCGGGGUAACAAUUCCUCCCCCACCUCCUUUGCCAGGUGGAGUAACAAUUCCCCCACCCCCUCCCCUGCCAGGUGGAUCAGCAAUCCCUCCCCCUCCUCCCUUACCUGGGGCAUCCCUUCCUCCCCCUCCCCCUCCUCUGCCCGGUGCAGCCAUCCCAGCUCCCCCUCCUCUGCCCGGUGUGCCCCCAGCGCCCCCUCUGCCCGGGGGAGCAGUGCCCCCUCCUCCCCCUCUGCCCGGAGGGGUGGGGCCUCCUCCUCCUCCUCCUCUGCCCGGGGGCGCGAUCCCUCCCCCGCCGCCUUUCGGGGGGCCCCCAAUGCCUCCCCCCCUGGGAGGGGCUCCCUUUGCCCCCUUCCCCAUGGUGCCAGCGCUGCCCCACGGGAUGAAGGAGAAGAAGAAGUAUAAGCUGGAAGUGUCCAUGAAGAGAAUCAACUGGUCAAAGAUCGAGCCUCAAGAAAUAGGAGAAAACAGCUUUUGGGUAAAAGCUGAAGAAGAUAAAUUUGAGGACCCGGAGCUGUUUGCAAAAUUGGCACUUACCUUUGGAACCCAAAUGAAAGCCAAAAAGCCUGUAGAAGAAUCAGAAGAAAAGAAAGCAGCUCAGUCAAAGAAGAAGAUCAAAGAAUUAAGAGUUUUGGAUGGAAAAUCUGCACAAAAUUUAUCAAUAUUUUUGGGUUCCUUCCGUUUGCCUUACGAAGAAAUAAAAAAUAUGAUUUUAGAGGUGGAUGAGGAGAAGCUGAGUGAAUCCUUGAUCCAGAACCUGGUGAAGAAUCUUCCUGAGCAGAAGGAGCUCAAUGCCUUAGCUGAAUUAAAGGAUGAAUACAACGACCUUGCUGAGCCCGAGCAGUUUGGAGUUGUGAUGAGCUCGGUGAAGAUGCUGCGCGCGCGGCUCAACGGGAUCCUGUUCCGGCUGAUGUUCGAGGAGCACGUCAACAACAUCAAGCCCGACAUCAUGGCUGUCACCCUGGCCUGCGAGGAGCUCAAGAAGAGCGAGAGCUUCAGCAAGCUGCUGGAGCUGGUGCUGUUCCUGGGCAACUACAUGAACUCUGGCUCCAGGAACGCGCAGUCCCUGGGCUUCAACAUCAGCUUCCUCUGCAAGAUUCGAGAUACAAAAUCAUCAGACCAGAAAACCACCCUGUUGCACUUCCUGGCAGAAAUCUGUGAGGAGAAUUACAGGGACAUCCUGAAAUUCCCAGAUGAGCUGCAGCACGUGGAGAGUGCGAGCAAAGUUUCAGCCCAGACUCUGAAGAGCAACCUGGAUUCCAUGAACCAGCAGAUCCAGCGCCUGGAGAAGGACAUUGAGAACUUCCCCAAGAGCCAGGACGAGCACGACAAGUUUGUGGAGAAGAUGAGCAGCUUUGCUGAGAGUGCCCGAGAACAAUAUGAAAAACUGUCCAACAUGCACAACAACAUGACAAAACUGUAUGAAAAUCUGGGAGAGUACUUCACCUUUGAUCCCAAAGCAAUAAGCAUCGAAGAAUUCUUUGGUGAUCUGAGCAACUUCAGAACGCUCUUCUUGGAGGCGUUGAAAGAAAACAACAAAAGGAGAGAAUUGGAGGAGAAGACCAAGAGGGCCAAGCUGGCCAAGGAGAAGGCGGAGCGGGAGAGGCUGGAGAGACAGAAGAAGAAGCAGCAGCUGAUUGAUAUGAACAAAGAGGGUGAUGAGACGGGGGUGAUGGACAGCCUGCUGGAGGCCCUGCAGUCGGGAGCAGCGUUCAGGGACCGCAGGAAACGAACGCCGCGAGCGCAAGAUAACAAACGAGUGACUUUGGAAAGGUCUCGUUCUCGACACAACGGAGCAAUUGCAGCUGUAUGAUUCUUCUGAUGCCAAAGAAUUAAUGAAUUGUUUUAUUUACAAUGAAAUGGAUGUGCUUUGGGAAGAGUUUAUCAUCCAAAUUGGCAAUGAUCAUAAAGGAAUACUGGUAUUGAUUAAAUGAGAUGGUGUAAGAAUAUGUAAUUUUAAAGCAGUUGCUAAAAAUAAUCCACAUACUGUAUCUUAUUACCCCAACUACCAAGAUCUGUAAACAGUGUUAAACAGUAGGGUAUAUAUCUUAUUUUCUUAUGUUCUUUCUUUUUUUCCACCCCUUUUUGUUUAAGCUGGCAACUCACAUGAAAGGAGUUGGGGAUUUCUAGGUUAUGUUUUAUAUGGGUAAGAAAAUACACUUCUGUUGAAAGAGUACAGCUGUGGAUUCCAUUUGCAGUUCUGAUUUGAACAUGAAAGGAAAAAUAAUAAAAUUGUAUGUUAAUAAAUUCAGAGAUGAGCUGGUCUACAUUAUCAGAAUCUUUUUUGUAACCAUAAAAAGGCAACACAUAGCCCCAGUCAGGUUGCUGAAAACCUUAUCUCAGUGUAAAGCCUGGUGGAUUCAGCUGCCAGUGGGAUACACCACAUAUCUACACUUCUGAUAUGAUGAGGUGUAGUUACUUAUCACUGCUAAAAAGAAAAAAAAAAAAAUUAAAUCAAACAGAGCAUAGGAUUUUUCCAAAAUUGUAUCAAGGGCAGAAUAUGUUUUUCACUGUAUCUAAGGAGGGAUUUUUCUAAUUGUGCACUUAUAUAUUCUUUAUAAAGCUGUUUGGGGGAAAGUGUGAUUGUCCUAUUUUGAUGAUGCUAAAAUGCCUGUGUGUAGGUUUUUAGAGACAAGCUACACGGCGAAGUUUUUCAGAACUGCCUCUGAGUUUUUCCUCUGUUUCUCAGGUAAAGCACCUAGGGGGUCUCCACUGGUGGAUUUUAGUGCUGAGGGUUCAGCAGCUACCAACCCAUUUCCGAGCUGGAGCGCUGCCUGGCAGUGACCAAGGCUGAUUUUUGGGAACUCCUCCCGUUGCCCUGCGUGCCCAGGCCCUUGCACUGCAGCUCCUCAGGGAGCAGCUGCCUCUGUUUGUCCUGGCACAAGUCCUGGGGAAAUCAAACCCUCCCUCCCUGUCCCCUUCGUCCCCAUCCGGGAGGGGAUGGAGGGUUUGGAGUGGAAUUCCAGUGGAACUACUGCAAAAGUUGCUGAGCUGUGAUGUUUGUAAAGGAUCAGGAUGCUCUGCAGCAGCUGGCACUUGUUCUCAGAUUAUUAAUGCUUAUCACUGAUUGAUGAAAUUUUAUUGUGGAUGCUUUUAUUGCCUGGGGUUGUGGGGGACUUGGGGUUUUUUAGUGUCUGUAAAGGCUGUUUGGAAGGUGAGGUGUCAGUGGUUGCUGUGCACAAACUCCUUGCUCUGGAGGGACUUUGCUCCUGGGGCAGUGGAUCUUUGCACUACUGCUUGAGCCAAGCAUCUUUGUACAGAAAAUUCUUUUUGCUUCUCUGCUGAGAUCCUCUCAAAACUAUUGGACUAGUUUGGGAUAGAUUCCCACAAUCAUAAACUGCGUUGUUGUAAGAAAAGAUACAGCUCCUUUUCAAUCUAGUAUUGAAUUGUAAUUUUUAUUUUUUUUUUCAAAGACUACAGGGGGUUUGCCCAUAGCUCUAAACAUAGGAAUACCACUGAAGCCUAGUGAAAUGCUUGCUGUCAACUAAAUACUCUCCCUAAACAGUUUGGGGGCUUUAGGAACAAACUGAAGAGUUGUAUGGUACUUCAGGAAAAAAAA